UUCCUCAAAGUGGCCAGAUCUCCUCUCUUCUCUCUUAUCCUCUUUACAUCCCUCCAACACUUUCCUCCUUCCUCCAGCUGUGAGAGUGAGCAGCUCUUCUUUACUUUUAUAAGUUUCCAAAGGAUCUCAGGCACACUACUUUUCAAAACUUUUCCUGAAGACUUUAUUUUCACACUUGACCUUUUAUUUUUUUGAACCUUAACCCUUCCCCUCUGGAGAGGCUGCUUAGUGUUUGUCUGGCGUGUGCAAGGCAGCGUGUGCAAGGGCUCCGGUGUCUUGCUCUUUGCCCCUGUGGGACUCCCCUGAAAGUUGUGACUGAAGGAGAGACGAUUUCACCACCAUGAAGGUUCAGCUGCUGCUCCUGUUGGCCCUGGUUGGUCCUUUCUGUGCCUUCACACAUGCAAGCCCCACAGAGAUCCCCACAGAACUUGAUGUCCCAGUCACCGAGGCUGCACCUGAGGUCAUUCCUGAGGCUACAGAGGCUCAAAAAGAAGAGCUCACUGUUGUCACUGCUGCACCUGAAACCGAACCAGAGGCAGUCCCUGAAGAAGUUGCAACAGACGCUCCAGAGGUACCGGAAGUCACUGAGGCCGCGCCUCCAGCUAUUACAGAGGAGCAAGUUGCUGAGACAGAAGCCCCUACUGCUGCUGCGACUGAGGCAGCAGAGCCUGCUAUCACAGACGCUCCCGCUGUUGUGACAGAAGCUCCCGCAGCUCCAGAAGUGUCCACUGAGGCAGCGGAGGUUGCUCCUGUGGUGACGGAAGCCCCCCCUGAGCCAGAAACAAGUGGAGAGCUGAUCGUUGAGGAAGGCACAGACGAGGACCUGAGUUCUGGCCAGGUAGUCGGCAUUGUGAUCGGCGCUCUGUUGGCAGUGGUCAUCGUCAUUGCUGUAGUGAUCGCUGUGGUGAGAAGGAUGGGCAAAUACUCCCCUUGAGGAGAAAGUCAGCCAAGCAGCCUGAGCGCCCAAAGUUCUGGAUAUUCUGAACUACUGAGCCGUGACGUCAUAUCUGAUCAAGAAUAAAACAAGCACGAAACCAGAACUAAAUAAAUCUAACCAGGACUCUGGACUGUUGCCAAAAAAGAGGGGGAGGGAGACUUGUGUGUGGUUAUGUAUGUACUGUAUGUAUGUAAGACAAGAGGGAUACAUUGGCAAACAUCCUCACCUCCCCCCGCCACCUCCUUUACCCCCCUGGAGCUGCUGAUGUAAAAAAAAAUAAAAGCUCUGUCCUCCUCUAUUCCCCUUAAAGAGAAUAAAGCAAAGUGAUGGCAGGGUGUCACAAAGAAUUUCAGGCCUUCUCAAGUGCAUCCUGUUUAAAAAAAGAGGGAAAAUGUAGAGGAUUAUCUGUCAUUUAUGGGUAAAAUCUCUCUUCUUUUAAAGAGUGACUGAUUUAGAUUUGCAUGGAAGUUUGAGAGGACUUAAAAAGGAAAAAAAUGAAAAAACUAAAGUGAUUUAAACAGCAGGGGAAGGAAAGAAAGCAGGAGAGGCUGUUACAAAUUCCACAGGAUGUAUAUACAAUGCAAGAGGGCUACAUAGUAUUCAGCUAAAGACUUUCUCAUCUGUUUCAGUCUCAUAGGCUAGCAUUUGAUAGUAUGGAUUACACAGUACAAGCAGACAGCCUUAGAUUCUUGUUAAAGCUAACAGACCUUUAAAGCCCCCCUGAGUAUCAGUUAAAACUUACAGAAUCCCUCGUAUGUUAGCCAACUGUAUGAAGCACUGUGUGCAGAAGUUGUUCUGACAUAACACUUUGAGCUCUGAGGGUUAGCAGGGGGCUAACACAAGAGAAAAGGCACCCUCAUUUGCAAGAGUAACGUGACAUUCUGCCCACUUUAACACUGACAUAUAAAAACCUAAUACAUAUCUGUGAAAUUUAGCAGAAGGGUUUGUGCCACUGUCUCUGGUAUUCUCUUGGUAGUUAGGAGGAUUUUAACUUUUGAAGUGCAUUAUUAAUGUGAAUUGACUGUACUUUUUAACUGCCAACCCAUUCCAAAAAGAACAGCUUUGUUGACUGCUGGCAUGUUCCUUAUGAAGGCUUUCAUAGCCAGCGGUUAUUAGACAUAGAGAUAGCAUUGUCCUUACAAUGUACUCAUAGUACUUCUGUUGAUAGUUAGAUUACCAGAACAGCCUCCAGUCGUUAUAUUUAGCUAACCCCAGAUUGAGUGCAGAGGAUGACAUUUUGCAGUUGCACUUAGUUUUAGUGCACAGUGUUAGGCAGAAAUGCCCCCUUUUUGUUAUUUUUGCAAUUGUAAGUGUGCUAAAUGGAUGUACAAAUAAUGAAGUCUCAGCUUAGCUCUGCUUGAUUUACAAACUCGUUUAAUAUGUGCACUGAAUGAGUGUUGUAAUGUUUAAUGAAUAGGCUUUUGGACACUGCAAAUGUUUGCAACGACAUGUUUUGUUUCCUCCCUUCUGCUUUGCCCCAUGUUAUCAGUUCUAAGACUUUAAUUUGUGCUAUCCCAUUUGUUUGAACCCUUUUAAUUUAAUUGCAGUGUCUCAUGUUCAUACUGUUUCAAUAAAAAACUGA